UGCAUACGACUUCGAAGGGGGCAGGUCGUCGCCGUUCGCCUCUCCGUCUGGCUGCCAGCGUCGCGUUUAACUUUACCAUUAUCUUUAUCAUUUUUAUCGUUACUGUUAUCAUAAUUAUCUUUAUUAUCAUAAUUAUUAUUGUUGUUAUUAUCAUUGUUAUGAAUCAGGGAGUGGUUUUCGGUCGUUUUGUCGUGCGGAGCGAAAGGAAAUGGUCACCGAUGACUGCUCGGUGCAUCUCAGAACGGACCGAAACAGACUAAAAAUGCCACGAGAACCAAACAACUUUAUCCCGAGGAGACGAUGCAGGCCAACAGCGUCCCUCCUCGCAAGAACUAGAAUGAGCUUUUCGCGGUGCCUGGACUCUUCCAAGAAGCGGCACUGUGCCAUCGUCCUCCUCUGCGCGCUCUCCACGCUCGCCCUCACCCUCAGACUGAGCAGCCCGACUGAUCCGCGGGCGGUGACCGGCUUCCCAGAAGAACGAGGGAGCUAUGUGUCGUGGAGGAACCUCUCUCGAAAGCAGGUCGACAGCCUCUCCGUCCUGGGCAGGAGGAUGUUCCUUCAGGAGGACGUGGGGACGCCUCAGGACAGGAACUUCACCAUCCUCUUGUGGCAUUACGUUGAAUUCACGGAAAAGAGGUUGAUCUACCGCUUCGGAGACGUCAAGGUGGAUCCGUUCGACGACUGCUCCGUCCACAACUGCCGCAUCACCUACGAAGAGUCGGCGGCUGCCACAGCAGACGCGAUCUACAUCCACUUCCACCGCACUCUAGGCCCUCACACCUUCCCGAAGCGCAGCGGCCCAGACCAAGUGUGGAUCUGGGGGACAGACGAGAGUCCGCAGCACAACUUCUGGAAAGCCAAAGACAAAAACCUGAAACACUACAAUGGCUACUUCAACUGGUCCAUGACCUUCCGAAUGGACAGCGAAGUCCCGGUGCCCUACGGAAGAACGCUCAGGCUGCCCGACAACCAAACCGCCCCUGAGCUCGAGGACCUCUUCGCCAAGAAGCCCAAGUUGGCGGCGGCGAUGAUGACCAACUGCGGUCAGAGCUCGAACGAUAGACUUCCUUACAUCAGACAUUUACAGAAACUCAUGAAAGUCGAUUUUUAUGGAAGAUGCGGCGGGUUGCAGUGCCCAGGUCAUUUUAGAAAAGACUGUGAGGUCCUUGAUCAAUACAAAUUCUACUUGUCUUUCGAAAAUAGCAACUGCCAUGAUUACAUUACAGAAAAGGUCUGGUGGAAUGCGCUGCAGAAGAAGGCGGUGCCGGUGGUGAUGGGCGGGCGGGCGGAGGACUACCGGCGCCUCCUGCCGCCCGGGUCCUUCAUCCACGUGGACGACUUCGAGACGCCCAAGGACCUCGCCGAAUACCUCAAGUCCCUCGCCUCGGACCGCGACUCGUACCUGCAGUUCCACCAGUGGCGCCGCCAGUUCGAGGUGGUCCAGGAGCACGGCUACUUCGGGGCGCCCGUCUACCACUACUGCCGCAUCUGCGAGGCCCUCAACUACAACGACUGAGCCGAAGAGAGCAACGCCAUGGAGGUACUGAGCGUCGGCGGCCAGUGCAAGCCGCCGAGGUGGCUGGCGAGAGUGGGAGGAAGGGCCCUGGGGGGACACGGGGGACACGGGAGGGGUUC